AUGCAAAAUAGCGAAAGAAAUUUUAUACUUGGCUUAUCUGCCGCUUCUUUCAUUACAGGAAUAGCCGGUUCUUUGUGGUACACUAAAUACAAAGUCAAAUCUUUGUCUCGGGAGUUUUCUACCCCGGCCUCUAUUUCAUUAGAAACAGUCGCCAAAUAUAGACAAGCGACUUUAUAUUCCUUACAGGCUUUUACGGUUGGUACUGUUCUUUGUGUAUCGGUUAGUGGAUUAUGCGCGAUUGGUAUUGGCGCUUUACUCGAUGUCAGUAAUAUUCAAGAGUUUCAUGAAAAAAUGAAGGAUUUGAUUCCAUACUACGUUCCUUCUUUACGUAAUGCGAUAAGAAAUUCUGAGCAGGAUGAAAUGAGUAAUUCCGAACAAAAUGAUUGGAAACUUCUGCAAGAAGAGUGGCGAAAGUUUUUGUUAGAAAGAAAAAUAAAAUCAGAAGAAAAACAAGACCCUCAAAACAAAAAAUGGUGGCAGAAGUAA